CUGAUGAGGAUGCAAAACAUGGAAAUAAUUGUGGGUUUGGGAGCUGUUCUCACAUCACGCGUUAUUUCUGGCACUGCUGGAGAAUUUGGUGGAAAGAUAUGUCAGGAGCGGGAAAAAUGGGUUCCUCCAUGGUUACAAUGCCGUCGUAAUUGCG